UAAGCGGCUAUACUUUUUUCCUCAUUUAGGGUGGCUUUGCGGAAGAAAAGCAUUUUAAAAGCUGACUGUCAGCGGCCGCGACGAUUCAGUGUUUUUUAUCCGUUUUAUUUUGUAAUCAGUAUCAUUUCAUCGCCUCUGGUGGUUUUAAAGGGGGCAGAAUAACCAGCAAAAAGGACGAGCCAGGGAUAAUAAGACAAAAGGGACGGCAUGAAAGAAGAAGACAGACUGGAAUAUAUCAAUCAGCUGGAACACACAGAAAAACUUAGGGACUAAAAACUUUUUUAGGCAAUUAAACAUGAAACCCAUUAAAAAACAAGGCAGACGGUCACCUCCAUCCACAAGAGCCAAGGGAGGGAAGAGAAAAGGGGCGACUGAUGCCAGCCCAGAGGAGGACAAAAGAGACACAGAGAAAAAGCCCAGACUUUUACCGUCCUCUCCUAAGAGACUGAUCUCUUCAAAUUCUGACUCCUCACAAGAUGAGCCAGUCACAUCCAGGAGGACUUCAGAAAGAGAGGGACAAAAAGAUGGAAUACUGGAUGUAUCAGGGGAUUCUCAGAGCUUCAAGUCAGGUGGAACACAGAGCGACAGUAACAGCAGCACAGCCAGUGCCAAUAACAGCCCCAAUCCCUCAUCCAGCCGCAAGACAGCCACAUUCAAGGCCCGUGUUCCCAAAAAGAAGUAUACUUCUGAGCACUAUACUGGAAACCAUGACAAUACAAGCACUUUCAAUACUGUUUCACAGAGCAACAGCUUUACACCUCAAAAUGGCACAGGUGCGAGUACUAGUCAGGACAGUGCCACUGGAGCUGCACACACAGACACUCACAAUCAAACCAGCCAGCUGGCUGUGGGCAGCAUCACAGGGGUCAUUCACAACAGCGUAGACACACAGGUGGACAGAAUAGAAGACGGGAGCAGUGAGAGGAACAAGACGGGCAUGUCUAGCCCUCAGCGGUGCUCCUCCACAGACACAGCUAGUGAGCACUCAGCCGAUGUCGACCUGACAACACAGCCAUCUGACUCGCACUCCAAGCUUCAAGGAGCACAGGCAUAUGUUAAUUCUGCACUUCCACUGGAAAGCCUACCGUCUGCGAUGUCAGAAGCACUUGCCAAAGGUUUAAAAAACCAGAGGGUUCUGGCCAGAGUUGGCACAAGUGAUGGGCAGCCUUCUGAAAGAGAACAGACUGGAGUUUUCCGUGCUGGUGUAGUCCGGGAAGUCAGUGGGGAACACAGUAGUGUGGAGGUGCAGCUGAACGGGGAGAAAACCUUAUGCAAAUACCCAUUCCAAGGGUCUACCAAUACGGUGGACCUGAUUUUGGAUGCAGCCCCACCGGAGCGAGCGGCUGUGCCCAUAGGAACACGUGUGUGUGUGCCGUUUGGAAUGGGGAGUGAAGGUAGCGAGGGGGCACCACAGUGGUACAGAGAAGGCCUGGUCACCCAAGUGGACUCCCAACUUGCAGUUUCCUCUCGCUACUGUGUCCAGUUAAAGAGUAAUUUAGCAAAUGAAAAGGAGGGGAAAGGAUCCGGAGAAGACGGAAGAGACAACAAUCCUCAGGCAGUGUGGGUAUCGCGGCAGAGCCUACGCCUCCUGGUUCCACCCUGGGACCUGGAAUUGCCACAACCCAAUGAGCAAAGUAAUGAGGGUCGAAGAGUUGCGUCAGGCGAGAGUAAGUGGGACACGAGGGAGGAGAUGGAAGUGGAACCAGAGCUGUGUCAUUUUAGCAUGGUGCACGGAAUGUCUGGUCCAGUGUUCGUUAGAGGGAUGCUGCACCCUGGAAAUGCAUCUUCUUUACCUCCGUCGUCCUCCACAUGUGCCGUCAGCUGUGCCAUCACUUCUGUCCUUAACAUAACACCAGACAGAGACUGGGAAUGCAGACAAAAGGAGAAAGAGAUGGAGCUGCAAAGGCAGUUAGAAAAAGACAGAGAAAGGGAAAGGGUUUCUUUACCAGCUCCAGAAGAAGACAUGGAGGUCAGUCAUUUUAACAUGGCCAAACUCAGGGAGGCUGGCCUCACGUCAGUUAUGGGCAGCAAACCAUUGGGUAUGACCUCUCAGCAUCGACCAAUUCUCUCUAAACCACCAGACUACCUCAGCCCUCGCCUGUCAGUGGUACGAGGCAUUGGUACCCCGUUAGCACCCCACUUGGCCCUUGGAACCUCAUCUGUUCUCCUGGGCAUGGAUGCAGCAGCAGCGGCAGUCAUCUCUUCCACCCAACAGUUGCCUUUACUGCCUCCCUCUUCUUCUCGCAGUUCACUUGAAAAGACUUCCACUUCAAGCUCCCAUGGUGCAUCUGGAGGUGGCUCAAGCUCCUCAUCUUCUUCUUCACGUUCCCGUACACCACUCACAGCUGCCCAGCAGAAGUACAAAAAGGGGGAUGUGGUGUGUACUCCUACAGGCAUCCGGAAAAAGUUUAACGGGAAACAGUGGCGACGCCUGUGCUCCCGUGAGGGCUGCUCGAAGGAGUCCCAGCGUCGUGGUUACUGCUCACGUCACCUGUCCAUGCGCACUAAAGAGAUGGAGGCAGGAGGCGGGGUGGGCAGAGACAGGAGUGGUGCCAGCAGCACAGGCACCCUUACACCUGAUCUCCGCCUAGGGGGUCGUACCAGCAGUGAGUUUGACUGGGAUGAUACAUCACGGGACAGUAGCGAAGCCAGCAGUCGUGGAGGAGACUCACGUCCUCGUCUCGUCUUGCAUUCCCUCUUACCGCAAGAGCUGCCACGUGAUCUAUCACGCUUCGACUUUGAUGAGUGUGAGGCGGCAAACAUGCUGGUGUCUCUCGGUAGCUCACGUUCAGGCACUCCGUCAUUCUCCCCUGUGUCUAAUCAGUCAACUUUCUCUCCUGCCCCCUCUCCUUCACAAUCUCCAUUAUUUGGCUUUCGUCCAGCUCACUUUAGUCCUAUCACAGCACCUCCAUCUCUUACCCCUCGACGUUCACGGCAUCUCAGUGGCACCAAGCUGGGCACUCCUGGCACAGAACGGGAGCGCCACUUAUCUGGAAUUAUGCCUACCUUUCAGACCAACCUGACCUUUACUGUACCCAUGAGUCCUAGUAAGCGCAAGUUGGAUGCCCCGCCACCUCCACUUCCACCUGACUACGCUAAGUCCGACCCCCAGCUGGGUGACUUGGGACUAGGUCUUAGUGUGGCAUUUAGGGCAGUGUCACCUCAAAGCCAGCCGACCACUCCUUCCUCUCUUUCUUUUUCCCGACCAAGGAGUGCGACCAGUCGCCCCUCAUCAUCUGCUGCAUCCACCCCACCACCUAUGUUAGUUUCUCCCACACCCCCUUCACCCCUGCCUCAGGACCCCAGCCCACGUCGCAUUGUUCCUCUGCGGGAUUCACCUGUCAUUGUCCGCAACCCUGACGUGCCACUGGCUAAGUUCAGCGACGGUCCCUUAAGUCGGAGAACAGGCUCCCGCUCCAGAGAGCACAGUCAGCAACCUUACCUUGCUGUGGGACUCCAGGCUCCUGUGCCCAUUAACAGAGCUGCCACUAAUGGUGCGGUCUUGCUCCGAAAUCCUGCUGCCACCUUGGUUCUGGUGACUUCUGCACCAUCACUAAUUACUGUUGCAGCAGGGCAUCAAACCAACUCAUGCCAGACCACGAGCAGUGUGUCUGCUUCUGGGACAGCCACUGGUACAGCUUUGGCGAGUUCGAUGUCAGUAGGAAGAGACAGAGAGAGAAAACUAGGUGAUCAUACAGAUGCACUCGGUGGGCAGCUGCCUCAACCUAUGGCUUGCCAUCCAAGUCCCACUGCUCUACUGCCUCUCAUCCUACCAGCGGAGUCUCCACAUCCUGCCCCCCGCAAGGAUAUUAUCAUAGGACGACCUGGUACAGUCUGGACCAAUGUGGAACCUCGCUCGGUGCCAGUAUUUCCCUGGCAUUCAUUAGUUCCUUUUUUAGAGACCAACCAAUCAAAUUCCUCCACCCAGCCUGCUGAUGGUCAAGCACUUGUGAACAGAAGCAACGAGCCACAAUGUGGAGUAGCACUUAGGAGUGAUGGCCGUGCCGAGCAUUCAGCUGCAGAGAGAGCGUCACCUUCUUUCCCUCCACCCACUGCAGAUAACCAACCAGCAGACAGAGAUGGAGGAGAUAGUGAGACAGAGAGUGAUGCUGAUGAUCUGUUUUACUCAGGUGCAUCCCAAGACCCUUCUUCCUCCACUGGUCCGAGAAAGAGACGGACCCAAUCACUUAGUGCCCUGCCCAAAGAUGGUGACAAGAAGAGAGAAAAGGACCACAUUCGGCGGCCUAUGAACGCAUUCAUGAUCUUCAGCAAGCGUCAUCGUGCUCUGGUGCACCAGAGGCACCCGAACCAGGACAACCGCACAGUCAGUAAGAUCCUGGGUGAGUGGUGGUAUGCUCUGGGUCCCAAAGAGAAGCAGAAGUACCAUGACCUUGCCUUCCAGGUUAAGGAGGCUCACUUCAAGGCUCACCCUGACUGGAAGUGGUGUAACAAAGACAGGAGGAAAUCUCUGUCUGAGGGUCGAGGCACUCCAGGUUCCAAAGAUGCUCGAGAACGAAGUGUUUCUGAAAGCACAGACACCCAGUCAGUGCCUCAGGGGGUGGAUCACAAGGAAGCAGGAUCCAGCUGGGUAUCAGAGUCAGAGCGCUGGAGCAGGCCACUGGACAAGCCUACAAGGCCUCGUGCUUUUUCCCAGAGUGCAGCGCACAGCUUGGAGAGGAAAGUCGAUCGGGAUCAUGAGAAGGAGGGAGCCAGCUCAUUUCGGACUUACCCGCUUCCUUCCUUGGAGCGUGGGGCUAGUGAGGAUGUAACCAGUGAUGAAGAGCGAAUGGUCAUUUGUGAGGAAGGAGAUGAUGAUGCCAUGGAGGGCUCCAUAGAUCUGAAGUGCAAAGAAAGAGUGACAGACAGUGAUGAAGAAAAUGACCCUGCAGAUGAGACUGAUGGCAAGAAAGUUAUUUGUCCCAUCUCAAAUUCUUUCUCAAACAAAGAGACAAUGGGCAACAGCGAGAGCGCAAAGAAUAAAGCUACAGAAGUAAAGAUAAAGCAAGAGGCAGAGGCUGGAGGAGGACCAAAUGAAGAUCAAAAACAAGGAGGCAGUGGAAUGGCGGGAGAUAAAGCAGGGCUGGUCCACUCUCAAUCACUUCUAUCAUUUGUUCAUAGCCUAAAUGACACUCUCUCAUCUGAUCCAAGAGCAUUAACGGUGCUGGGGAAUGUCCGGACAGCCCCCACUGUAGUGACAAAUGUGGUUCGACCUGUUGCUAGUGCUCCCAUUGCCAUUGCCAGCAAACCUGUUGAAGGGGUUGUGGCUCCUGGAGCGGCAACCUACGAUGGGAAGCCCAAGCUCCUGAUUGCUGGGGGAGGAUCAGCAGGAACUGGGGCCAUUGCAGGAGGUGGGUACUUUUCUACCUCCUCCCCUAAACCUGUUGGACAAGGGGGUUUAGUGACAGGUUUAGUACUUGGAGAAGCAUUACGGAGUCCUAGUACCGCAAUGGCUAACAACAAUACUGUUCCUCUGCCUUUGCUUCAACCCCAGUUGCUCCCACUUACUCCCCAUAGCUGUGGAAAACAAAUCACCCAGGUGCAGUACAUCCUUCCGACUCUGCCAGCCCUAGCCAACCUAAACAGCCCCACCGCACAGCAACCCCAGCAGCCAACUGGUGUUCUAGCUCUGCCCACUGCCUCGCCUACACACGUAUCCCUUGCUAACAGAGUGUCUCCAGGGGUUGGUCCAGGGAUAAGAUAUGCCUCAGCGCCAGCAGUGGGAGGGGGCAACCCUGGAGGAAGAGUUCAAGCACCAUCUCCAGUCUUACAAAACAAGAUGUUAGUUCCUAUGACAACAGUACGGCCAGGCUCCGCACCUCCGCAGCCUAUUUCCCUUGUGGCCCCGCCACUUCCUGUCCAAAAUGGGGUGCAACCAGGAAGUAAGCUCAUUCAGAUUGCACCUAUGCCGGUCGUCCAAACAAGCAUGCAGCCUGCUGGAACUGUACAUCCCGGAGCCUCCUACCCGGUCUCUGUGGCAACCGCAACUGUCAUGACGUCGGGUGCCACGUCCUCCCAGGCAGUGCUAUUGACUUCAUCCCCUACAAGGAUUACUUACGUUCAACCAUCCCCUGCUGUUGCUGCCCCUUUGUCUCUGGGGUCCACAACUGCAGUCCCCUCUCCCCAGCAAGCCCCGCCCCCUCAUACACCAGCAUUUCUAUCAUCGCCUAUAGCCACGCUUGGCUUCACUGCCAUCGCGCCUGCUUGUCCGACGUUGGUGCACCCAAUAGUGGCAGGCCAGCCUCCCCUCCUGGCCCAGGUUCCACCCCCCAAUGGUUCUUCUCACUCCUCGGCCUCGGGAUCCAAUCGCCAGCUAGUGACUGCCAUUUAUCCAGCCCCAAGUGUCACCCUGACGACAGGAGUGGUUUCUAUGACGACUGUUUCUCAAAGUGUGGCUAGCUCUGUGCCAUUCCUGACAUCCCUCUCAUCACCUUGCAUGAAGACAUCACUAGCAUCAAGUGUGCAGUCACAUGCUCAAAAUCAUGCAGAGGCUUAUUCAGAGGACACUUUGAAGAUGGAGAGCUCUAAAGUACAUAAAGAAGGAACACGGAAAGAAGCUUUUUCAAACACAACCCUUCAGACUAAAGAAUCAGGAACAUCUGCUAGUCCGACCCCACACAUGCAUAAAGGAAAUGGAGAUCAGUCACCCAAAGUCAAAGUUGAGCAUGUUCCCUCAGGACAGGAGUUGGAUGAGCAGAUUGGAAAGGAGGACAGCAGCAUGGAGCAUGACAGUGAUGGAGAUGGUGGAGGAGCUUGCUCUUCUUGGGUGGAGAGUACAGUGAGAGAGAGAGGACGAGAAGCAACACCCAAAAGUCUGGUCACUGAUAACCACAAUAAAGAGGAACAUGGUAAAGAGGCUGCCCGAAGAGACGUGUCUGGGUUGGACUUGUCUCGGCCUCCACCUCAAAGUGACACUCCAGCAGUAAAAAAGACCAAGUCCCGUCCUCCGCCACUCAAGAGCACCACUGAAACUGUAGACAAAGUGCUGAUCGAUAACUACAUUGAUAAGCGCAUAGCUGAGCUGCCCGAGUUUAAGCCAGAGGAAUUGCUACCCUCUCCCAGCCUGCAGAAUCUGGCCACAUCUCCCCGAGCCAUACUCAGCAGCUAUCGCAAGAAAAGGAGGAACUCAACAGAUCUUGACUCUGUUGAUGAUCCCAGCUCUCCAAGGAGAAAGAGUCGUCGCCUGUCCAGCUGUAGCUCAGAACCCAACACGCCCAAGAGCGCUGCCAAGUGUGAGGGAGACAUAUUCACCUUUGACAGAACCGGAGAGACAGAGGACAUUUUAGGCGAGCUGGACCGUGUGCCAUACUCCCUGCGUCGCACAUUGGAUCAGCGCCGGGCCCUUGUCAUGCAACUCUUUCAGGAGCAAGGCUCCCUCUUUCCUUCAGCCCAGGCUACAUCAGCUUUCCAGGCUCGCUACUCUGAAACCUUUCCAAAAAAAAUCUGUUUACAGUUGAAGAUUCGUGAAGUGAGGCAGAAGAUCAUGCAGACAGCCACACCCGGAGGCUCAGAUGUUACAGGGUUUGGAGUGGCAACCGGUGUCCCAGACUCUGCACCAGGACCAUCCAAUCCUACGGCCAGAGGCGAAGGCUGGCCAGAAUUGGAUGAGAAAGGCUCAGAACGGGAAGAGCCUAAGAAUGAGACGAGUGAGUCGCACGAGCUGAGAUAAAGAAUGACAGCGAGGAUACAAACAUGGACAGAAUGUUAUAACGGGCUGUAGGCAAACUGAACUAGCGUCACUGAAUAUUCAGCACCUAUGGGGAUCUUUUUGAAUUUUUAACCAACCGUGUGGGUUUUGUUUUGUUUGUGUCAUUAUUCUUCUGUCACACUGUGGCAGGGUGACAAUUACACCAACAAAUUUACCGACGCAUAUAUGCAAGUACAAAACAUAACAUUUCACAGCUGGCAUGAGCACCUUUUUAAUGAUUCAUUUGACGGUCCUCUUUUACUUUUCACCGCCAUUCUACAGCAGGACAAUUCUUCCUUUCUUGAAUCUCAGAGCCCUUCACUGCUGCACAUCAGUCAGCAUUCUGCGUCAACUCUCCUCGCCUGGUGUAAAAGACUUGUUUGAAGGUGAUGAACGGUGGAUGAUACACGAUUGCACUUUCUUUCGUGAGACACUGAGACGAAAAGCGGUAGAUGGAGUGGAGGAGGUGUCUCGGUGUGAAUGGGACACGUCCUUAUAGUGGACAAACUUGCAAUGGCUGUUACUGUUCUAGGAUGCAGGCGCAGAAACGAACUUUCCAAAAGCAACAAACCCAAGUCAAGCAGAAAGCAACGGCUACAGCGACUGCCAAAACAGAGCAACAACAAAGAAAUCACAAUACCACAGCACAGAAAAAACGAGAGUGUCCGUUUUUUAAAAUGGAGCAUCCAGAACACCGUUAAUGGAAAAGAAUUGAGACACUACUCUCUAUAAAUGCGCUCGUAGUUAUGCUUUGUUGUUUGUAGUUGUUUUGUCGUACUAGUAGAAACUAUUGAUAUUUUGUUAAAAGUGCUUGCUUUCUUUUCUCUAUCUUCUUAAUUCUCGUGAUAUUUACAGCACGGACUAAUCAAGUUUUGGGUAAAUGCUGAAAUGAUCUCUGUUCCUGCCUCUUAGCUAAACCUCCACUCAGGCCUCCAUCUUUUGGCCUUUUUCCUCAGCCUCUCCUAAUCUCUCACUUUAUAUAACCUCGACGGCUCGAGGGCACAAAGCUCUUUGCUCUUUUCCCUUUUUUUAUUGAUAUGUUUUAAUCAGGUGUUUGCACAAUAUGUGGUCUUUGACCACAAUUCAAAUCAGGAAAGUAUUUGCUUUUAGAUAUAUGUAUAAAAAAUAUACAUAACCAGUGACUAUUCAUUUCGUUACCCUUACUCAACAUAUCCUUUGCUCUUAAACUGACCUCUUUCUCUUUAUCCUCAAACUUUUUACUAAUAGUGUUGUUGGAAAGUGCCCCGGAAAAGCUGGUCUGGAGUCAGAAUAAGAUUUGCAGCCUGGAACGAUUCUGAAUCAGAAUUACGAAAAGGGAAAGUUGCUCAGAGACCAGUAUUAUGGCGGCAUUUCUCAGGAUCUCUUCUUUCUUUCUUUCUGACACUUCUUUUAUUGGUGCAAUAGGACUGUGUCGAUGGGGAAAUUUCCUAGGUUCCUAGGUUUUAGACGAGUGAAUGAUUCGUGCCAUAGAUAUUUACUGUUCAAGCUGGCGAAGCUUUCACAAUAUGAUACAUAUAUUGGGAAAAAAAAAACGUUUUUAGAAUAAUUAGAAAACAUAAUUCAUGUUUGAGUGUUAAGAAAAUAAUCCAAACAGAACAAAAAGCUUAAACCUUAAAAAUAUCUAGCACUUUUUUUGCAUCGUUUUGCUGAGAAGUAAUGAGUAUAUUGCUACUGCUCAGUUUCACUUGAAUGUGUGACUAUCUCCUGAACAUAGUUGUGUGUGUCUCUGUGUGUGUGUGUGUGUGUGUGUGUGUGUGUGUGUGUGUGUGCAUGAGUAUGUGUAUGUGUGUGUGAGCGUAUAAAAUAAUACCUAAUAUGCCUAAUAUGCAUUUCGUCAGACCAGACCUGCUCUAGUGCAAAUUAUAUCAAUGGUUUGCAUAGAACCAGGGCAGUAUACUUAAAAGACUGUUAUCAUUCACCAGUACGCUGGUUAUUAGGGUGGAAAUGGGUUUUCUUAACAAUAAGUGAAACCCGAUUACAUGUUGGUGACUCGGAUGUUUGCCACUUGAUAAUUUUGUCAAGAGAAACGCUUGCAUACACAAAUGCAUACCCUCACAUGUAUGUGUGUACACUUGUAUACCCAAUAAACUGCCCUUACUAGGGACUGAAGAAGGAAGUUUUGAAUGAGAAAGAUGAGCAUCAGCUCAUAAAGCAGGCAUGUUGACCAUGUGCAAUAUUUCUAAAGAAAAGAAUAUUGAAAAUAUUAAAGGUCUAACACAAAA